CGUUUAAGUAAACAUUGCCUAGUAUAUUUUUGCACUCACACAGAUUUUUCUGUUGGGAUAAAAAAAACUUUACUUGUAAAAUGGCUGUGAUCGGCCGAUGCGAAAGCGGAUUUCUAAUCGAUCACAAGAAGAGUAUUACUGAAUCAGUUUCUCCGUUGUUGUUGUCGUGUAAAGAAACUUUAUUUGCACUUUACGAGCCCUACUUUCGAUCUUCGACUGAAAACAGCUGCGAGCAAAAUGGUACCAGAAAGAGAAAGCGAAAGAAAUCUGCUCAAGUUUGUCGAACUGACGAGGAAUCAGAGGCUGCUCUUCAACAUCGCAAGAUACGAGACACAAUUGCAGCAGGAGUAGAGAGGCUUGUUCAGAUUGGAGUGGAUAAAAAUUAUUUUCUCUCCGGAAGCGAGCAUGUUCGACAAAAUACUGCAAUUUCAGCUAUGCCAGAGGACAGGAAGGACUUUGCUGGAUUAUUGGCUGAUGUGUCAAGUUGUACCAGAUUGGAAUCCAAACAUUUUUUGGAACCUCUUAUUAUUAAAGGUGAAAAUAUUGCUGUUAGUGAAAGAGAUUUAUUGGACCAAAUGAUUUCUUACCCAUGCGAUAAUCCAGCAGAGCUAAAUAUCUCUGGAGACAAGUACAUUUUACCUGCUAAUUGUAGCUUCUUGAUGUCGAAUGCAAGUAACUUAAAACCUCUUAUUAAUCAUGCCCAGCAUAAUGGACUUUAUAACUUGUUAGUGUUGGAUCCCCCCUGGUUCAACAAGUCUGCAAAACGUGGAUCAAAGUAUUCCUUCAUGUCAUUGUGGCAGAUUAAAUCUCUCCCAGUCCCUGAUCUUCUUGCUCCUGGAGCUUUGGUGGGGAUCUGGGUUACCAAUAAACAGAAGUACUUGAGGUUUACAAAGACAGAGCUCUUUCCUCAUUGGUCAGUUGAGCUAGUGGCAGAGUGGUAUUGGGUCAAGGUUACAAGGAAAGGAGAAUUGGUGACUGAUCUAGAUUCACCACAUAAAAAACCUUAUGAGCCACUGUUGCUAGGACGAUUCAUAGCAAAGAAGGAUGCUCCAGGGAUGUUUGGUUUAAGUGUAAGCAAAAGCAAUGAACCUGCUAAGGAGAGGUCAAAAUUUACUCCUCAUGAAAAUAAAUCAAAUGUUUUAUCACUGCGACAGAAAAGAAAAAAGAUGAAUGAAUGUGAUGAUGAUGAUGAUGAGGUUAGCAUGACAUGUUACAUCAGUGACAAAAAUGUAGCUACUACAAUGCCGCAGGAGCGGACAUCAUUAUCAUCCUUAAAACCAACAACUGGUUUAAACUGUGCAGCAUGCAGUGAUCAUGAAUAUGAACAUCUAGAUAAUUUCCUCCAAACUGUGCCACUUCAGAGUCCAAGAAAUGACUUUCUAAGUUGCUGUGAACGAUAUCAUAAAAAUAAAGUGGAUCUUUCAGAUGACAUGGAAAGUUUGAGUGACGUUGUCAUGCAAAAAGAACAUGAUGAACAAGACGUUCUGGAACUGUAUGAGAGCAAAUGUCUUAGAGUCACUGCCACAGAUUUGAAAAUUGCAGAAAAUGUUCAACACACUGAUUCUAUUAUGAACAGUACUAGUAAACACUCAGAGUUAUUACAAAGGGAUACGAGAUCAAAAGAUUGUCAAUUGUUACCACAUCAGCAAAUCAUCUGUAGCGUCCCCUGCAAGAUCCACUCCAGGAAGCCUCCAUUGAAUGAAGUUCUCUCCCAAUAUGUUCCUCACAAUUCACUAUGCCUUGAGAUGUUUGCCCGAAAUCUCACACCACACUGGACCAGCUGGGGAAAUGAGGUGUUGAGGUUCCAGGGUAUGCAAUAUUUUGACCAUUUGCCACCCAAGCAAGAAACCAAUGAAAAUGCUACCUAACUACGAAAUAGUUCUGAGAUUUCUUUUACCAUACAUUCAUGUAUCCCUUUGGAUACAUAAAUGUAUGGUAAAAGAAGAAAAAGGAUUUUAAAGCUUUUUAAAUAAAGUAUUUGUUCAAGAUAAA